CCGAAGAGACUGCUUUUGUGCCGGCUGGGCAGGGUGUUUGUCGCCUGGAGGGCCAAGAGCAACGGCCUCUCCCCCAACUUAACCGGGUUAUGCUGGACCGGGCGGUGAGGGGAACCGAGGCCACCCGGACUUUCCGCGGCUGAGGGCGGCGCCGGUUCCCUGCGGUCAAGAUGCUGCAGAACGUGACUCCUCACAACAAGCUCCCUGGGGAAGGGAAUGCAGGGUUGCUGGGGCUGGGCCCAGAAGCAGCAGCGCCAGGGAAAAGGAUUCGAAAGCCUUCCCUCUUGUAUGAGGGAUUUGAGAGCCCCACAAUGGCUUCGGUUCCUGCUUUGCAACUGACUCCUGCCAACCCACCACCGCCGGAGGUGUCCAAUCCCAAAAAGCCAGGACGAGUUACCAACCAACUGCAAUACCUACAUAAGGUAGUGAUGAAGGCUUUGUGGAAACAUCAGUUUGCAUGGCCAUUCCGGCAGCCUGUGGAUGCUGUCAAGCUGGGUCUACCGGAUUAUCACAAAAUUAUAAAACAGCCUAUGGAUAUGGGUACUAUUAAGAGGAGACUUGAAAACAAUUAUUAUUGGGCUGCCUCAGAGUGUAUGCAAGAUUUUAAUACCAUGUUCACCAACUGUUACAUUUACAACAAGCCCACUGAUGAUAUUGUCCUAAUGGCACAAACGUUGGAAAAGAUCUUCCUACAGAAAGUUGCAUCAAUGCCCCAAGAGGAACAAGAGCUGGUGGUGACCAUCCCUAAGAAUAGCCACAAGAAGGGGGCCAAGUUGGCAGCACUCCAGGGCAGUGUUACCAGUGCCCAUCAGGUGCCUGCUGUCUCUUCUGUGUCACACACAGCCCUGUAUACUCCGCCACCUGAGAUACCUACCACUGUCCUCAACAUUCCCCACCCAUCAGUGAUUUCCUCUCCACUUUUGAAGUCCCUGCACUCUGCUGGACCCCCACUCCUUGCUGUUACUGCAGCUCCUCCAGCCCAGCCCCUUGCCAAGAAAAAAGGUGUAAAGCGGAAAGCAGAUACUACCACCCCUACGCCUACAGCCAUCCUGGCUCCUGGUUCCCCAGCUAGCCCUCCUGGGAGUCUUGAGCCUAAGGCAGCACGGCUUCCCCCUAUGCGCAGAGAGAGUGGUCGCCCCAUCAAGCCCCCACGCAAAGACUUGCCUGAUUCUCAGCAACAACACCAGAGCUCUAAGAAAGGAAAGCUUUCAGAACAAUUAAAACAUUGCAAUGGCAUUUUGAAGGAGUUACUCUCUAAGAAGCAUGCUGCUUAUGCUUGGCCUUUCUAUAAACCAGUGGACGCUUCUGCACUUGGCCUGCAUGACUACCAUGACAUCAUUAAGCACCCCAUGGACCUCAGCACUGUCAAGCGGAAGAUGGAGAACCGUGAUUACCGGGAUGCACAGGAGUUUGCUGCUGACGUACGGCUUAUGUUCUCUAACUGCUAUAAGUACAAUCCCCCAGAUCACGAUGUUGUGGCAAUGGCACGAAAGCUACAGGAUGUAUUUGAGUUCCGUUACGCCAAGAUGCCAGAUGAACCACUGGAACCAGGGCCUUUACCAGUCUCUACUGCCAUUCCCCCUGGCUUGGCCAAAUCAUCUUCAGAGUCCUCCAGUGAGGAAAGUAGCAGUGAGAGCUCCUCUGAGGAAGAGGAGGAGGAAGAUGAGGAGGAUGAGGAAGAAGAGAGUGAAAGCUCAGACUCAGAGGAAGAAAGGGCUCAUCGUUUGGCAGAACUGCAGGAACAGCUUCGGGCAGUACAUGAACAACUGGCUGCUCUGUCCCAGGGUCCAAUAUCCAAGCCCAAGAGGAAAAGAGAGAAAAAAGAGAAAAAGAAGAAACGGAAGGCAGAGAAGCAUCGAGGACGAGCUGGGGCCGAUGAAGAUGACAAGGGGCCUCGAGCACCCCGCCCACCUCCGCCCAAGAAGUCCAAGAAAGCAAGUGGCAUUGGAGGUGGCAGUGCUGCUUUAGGCCCUUCGGGUUUUGGACCUUCUGGAGGAAGUGGCACCAAGCUCCAGGCUAGAGAGAGUGGUGCAAUCUCAGCUUACUGCAACCUGCUUAUUGGGUUCAAGCCAUUCUCUGGCCUCAGCCUCCUGAUUAGCCAAGAUUACAGGCUCCCCAAAAAGGCCACAAAGACAGCCCCACCUGCCCUGCCUACGGGUUAUGAUUCAGAGGAGGAGGAAGAGAGCAGGCCUAUGAGUUACGAUGAAAAGCGGCAGCUGAGCCUGGACAUCAACAAAUUACCUGGAGAGAAGCUGGGCCGAGUUGUGCACAUAAUCCAAGCCAGGGAACCCUCUUUACGGGAUUCAAACCCAGAAGAGAUUGAGAUUGAUUUCGAAACACUCAAGCCAUCCACACUUAGAGAGCUUGAGCGCUAUGUCCUUUCCUGCCUACGUAAGAAACCCCGGAAGCCCUACACCAUUAAGAAGCCUGUGGGAAAGACAAAGGAAGAACUGGCUUUGGAGAAAAAGCGGGAAUUAGAAAAGCGGUUACAAGAUGUCAGCGGACAGCUCAAUUCCACUAAAAAGCCCCCCAAGAAAGCAAGUGAGAAAACAGAGUCAUCCUCUGCACAGCAAGUAGUAGUGUCACGCCUCAGUGCUUCCAGCUCCAGCUCAGAUUCCAGCUCCUCCUCUUCAUCGUCAUCGUCUUCAGACACCAGUGAUUCAGACUCAGGCUAAGGGGCCAGGCCAGAUGGGGCAGGAAGGCUCCGCAGGACCGGACCCCUAGAUCACCCUGCCCCACCCACCCCUUUCCCCUUUGCUGUGACUUCAUCUCACCCCCCUGCCCUCGUCUAGGAGAGCUGGCUCUGCAGUGGGGGAGGGAUAUGGACAAAAUAAGAUGGAAUUCUCAUGAGACCCCAUUGGGGAGUGAUUUCUUGGACAUAGAUCCCCCAUUCAAAAUGACUGGGGCAGGGCAAGGGGGUAUAGGGUGGAAGUGUGCAAAGCCCCUGAUCUGGAGUUAUGUAGGGCCAUAGCUGCCCUGUUGACUUCUAAGGGCCCUGUUUUGAGGUUGUUUGUUCUAAUUUAUUUUAAGCUAGGUAAUGCUGGGAGGGUGGGGCCUUGGUCCCCUCAGCCUCCAUGGGGAGGGAAGAAGGGGGAGCUCUUUUUUUACGUUGACUUUUUUUUUCUACUGUUUUCCCUUUUUCCUUCGCUCCAUUUGGGGCCCUGGGGGUUUCAGUCAUCUCCCCAUUUGGUCCCCUGGACUGUCUUUGUUGAUUCUAACUUGUAAAUAAAGAAAAUAUUAUUCAAGUUUUGAGUUACCUUAAUAACAUUGGCUUUUGUAGUGUUUCAAAAGGAACGUGAUCAGAACUGCCUUGAUAAUUUUGGAGAAAAUACUCUGGCAAUGAGAAAAAGCAAUAGCUAUCCUAUAAUUGGAUCAUCUUAAUAUUUAAACAAAGCAGGCUUUUGUGUUUUUAAUAAAGUAAAUCCAUCUGAUUUU